CUAGAUCACCAUGACGAUUAUCUGCUGCGAAUGAACAUGGGGCACAUCUGGAUGCAAAACAUAGAGACACGGAGAUAAGUUGCCAAUGCAUGUGAAUACAUCAGACUGGUUGGUCCUGACUGUGGACCCAGAGCUGGACCACUGCAGUAACUACACUGAAGCCUGGCUAUGGCUGUCCUCCCUGCAGCCAGCCUACCUGGGUUUGAUCAGCCUUGUGGGGUUGGUGGGAAAUGGCCUGGUUCUCUCUGUGUUCUGCCUGCAGAGGAAGCCCUGCACGGUGGCUGAUGUCUACCUCGGGAACUUGGCUGCUGCUGACCUAAUCAUGAUGUCCUGCCUUCCCUUCUGGGCUGUCACAAUUGCCCAAGGCUACCAGUGGGACUUCGGAGAGGUCCUCUGUAAGCUUGUUAAUGUGACUAUCUCUAUGAACUACAUCUGCAGUAUUCUGUUCCUAAUGCUGGUCAGUGUGGACCGCUACCGGGCUCUGGUGAAGCCCAUGAGUCCCAGUCGUCUGAGGAGAGCCUCCUGGGCUAAACGUUUCUGCCUGGGGAUCUGGAGCCUGGGCUUCCUGUUCACUCUGCCCACUCUGCUCUUCCGCACAGUGUCACACAUAGAGGAUCCCGGUGUGGAUGCCUGCAUUCUGGCCUACCCCCACCCUGUCUGGAGGUUGCACCACAACAUCACCAGUAGCAUAUUGGGCUUCCUAAUUCCUGUCCUGGUGGUGGCUUACUGUACUUGUCAUAUUGUGGCUGCACUGAACAAUCGAGGAACCGGAGGACUCCCUGGGGCGAGGGCAGAGAGGAAGACAACCCACUUGGUCCUCGCUGUUCUGGCUGUCUUCCUCUUCUGCUGGACACCACACCAAGUUAUGCGCUUUCUUGACACUAUGGAUUACUUCCAGGUCACACCUGGAUGCCUAUGGGGUCAUGUCCUGGACAUCGGCAUACAGCUGUCCACAUAUCUGGCAUACAGCAACAGCGCGGUUAAUCCCUUCCUGUUAGUCAUUGUGGGCAAGCAUUUCAGGAAAAGGGCAAAAGAGGUGUUUGGAAAAACUUUGAAUCCCUGGCCAAAAUACAUGACCUACCUGAGUGUGAGCUUCAUCUCAGUGAACAGACUCAGUGAAACUGCUGAAACACAGAAUAGCUCUGCUAUUUGGCUGACAGCUUUUGUUGAUUCAAUCCCCGAACCUGGAACAGUGCAGUAGAGCUCUUUGCUUGAUGCAGUUGGACAGAACUGCUAAAACAAUAUGGAAAGCCUAGUUACAGUUACAAUAACAGUCUUGUAAGGAAAAUGUGCAUAGCUUGGUUCUCAUUAUAAGAGAAAAUGAUUCAACACAAGUAUUUAUCCUCAGCAGGAAUAUAAAAAUAAUGUGGAAUAUUCCACUCACUUCAUAAUUAUAACCACCAGUUGCUAAAUUAUAAAUGUAUGCUUGGGUUUUAUUUAUCUCCAAGAAAACCUUGCGAACUUAAACUGCCAAGCACUGUAUGUUUAUUAUGUUACACAAUAAGAUUGGAACACAAACAAAAACAUACAAUGGAUGUAACUAUACCCUGCCUUCAUAACAUUAUUUUAUUAAAUAAUGAUGAUGAUCACUCUGUCUAUCAUGACAAGAAUGUAUUGUUCUGUGGAAUAACUGUUGAAAUGGUA